AUGGUAAAUGAUAAUAGUGAAGUGAAACGUAAAGCUAGAUUGGUAACGAAAGAUAGAGAAGUGGUUACAGAGGUAAAUUUACGCCCUCCCGAAAAUGGGCUGUUGGUAAAAGAACUAAUAACAGUUGCUCACGAAGUUUUAGCUGCCAGAAGUCCAAGCCCAUUAAACCAUUUACCAAUAUCCCACACCAAAUAUGUUCCAAACGCAGCUGAAUCAGGCAAACCCUCGUGUUGGCUGCUGCCAUGCGGCUCUGAAUGCGAGUUGCGAGUUGCGAACUACGAACUCAGCCUCUGUGACUGCGACUGCUGGUGCGUGCGUUGCGACCGGUGA